CAAAAGACUUGUCAGAAGAUUCUCACAUUGAGCGGCUAAGUUGCCAGGCAGAAUCUGCACUCUGGUUCAUUUCCAUUGAGGUUUGCAAGCCUUGUCAUAAAAUGCCAGGAGGUGACACAGGUGGUUGGUUCGUACUUUUCCUGGCUGCUAUAAUUCCAGUUAUGCACCUACAAGGAAGCGAUGAAUCCCUGUUUGCAGUUCCAAACUUGGAGGACGGACCAGCCAGACCAGUCCUCCAGUCCUCUCAGGUCCUCCCUCAGAUAGGAACAUACACACUGGCAAAACCUGGGGGAGGACUCUGCAUCAAAGCCACCCUUGGAGUGCAGUACAUGGUCACCUUAAAGAAGAAGAGAUGGUACUACAACUUGGACCCGUCCGAGGUCCUGUCCAGUGGUUACUGUCACAAGGAAGCUGCUGUCCUCUCACUCACACGACGCAAUGAUGCCGCCGGCCUGCAGUUCCACUUCAAAAAGGUUAAACGUCAAACAUUCCCGGUGGUUAGAGUGUCCGCCCUCAUAUCAGAGAGAAAUACUUUCUACGUCACCAAGCUGACUGCGUCCGUGUCUCCUCGGCCUCUCUGCCCAGGAUGUGCAAAUAAGACUUAUUCUGGCUGGGUGGAACAUGCCAGUCUGUUUGCUGCAUCCUUUGGUGGAAGCUUCAGGUGCAGAUCAGCAAAUGUUCUCCACACGUCUUCAGAAAUGAGCCUCCUGCUGGUUUCUCUGCAAGUGCAAGCCUUCGGCGUACCUGCUGGACGUUACGGAGAAGGUGUUGAGUGUUUGGCAGAUUUUAACCGAAGGGUUCUACCCGUCGUCUUUGGGGCCGUUGUGAUGGGACUCUUGCUGAUGGCUGUGCUGACCUUCUUAUUGGUCAGAGACAGACGUGGCUAUGAGAGACUCUGAAGGAGCCCACGUCACCGUUGGCACUCAGGUUGAAGAUAAGCUGUUUAAUGUAAUUCAAAUCAUUUAAAAUAAUCAAUCAAUCAAUCAAUCAAUGUUUAUUUAUAUAGCCCCAAAUCACAAAUGUCUCAAAGGACUGCACAAAUCAUUACGACUACAACAUCCUCGGAAGAACCCACAAAAGGGCAAGGAAAACUCACACCCAGUGGGCAGGGAGACAGUGACAAUGCUGACUAUGAGAAACCUUGGAGAGGACCUCAGAUGUGGGCAACCCCCCCCCCCUCUAGGGGACCGAAAGCAAUGGAUGUCGAGCGGGUCUAACAUGAUACUGUGAAAGUUCAAUCCAUAGUGGAUCCAACACAGCCGCGAGAGUCCCGUCCACAGGAGACCAUCUCAAGCGGAGGCGGAUCAGCAGCGUAGUAGUGUCACCAACCGAUACAGGCGAGCGGUCCAUCCUGGGUCUCGACUCUGGACAGCCAGUACUUCAUCCAUGGUCAUCGGACCGGACCCCCUCCACAAGGGAGGGGGGAACAGAGGAGAAAAAGAAAAGAAGCGGCAGAUCAACUGGUCUAAAAUGAAAAAAAAGUGAAGUGAAUAUUUAUAUAGCUCUUUUUCUCUAGUGACUCAAAGCGCUUUACAUAGUGACACCCAAUAUCUAAGUUACAUUCAAAGCAGUGUGGGUGGCACUGGGAGCAGGUGGGUAAAGUGUCUUGCCCAAGGACACGACGGCAGUGACUAGGAUGGCGGAAGCGGGAAUCGAACCCGCAACCCUCAAGUUGCUGGCACGGCCACUCUACCAACCGAGCUAUGCCCCCCCCAGAUGUAAAUAUAAACAGAAUACAAUGAUUUGCAAAUUCUUUUCAACCCAUAUUCAGUUGAAUAUGCUACAAAGACAACAUAUUUGAUGUUCAAACUCAUAAACAUUAUUUUUUUUUGCAAAUAAUAAUUGACUUACGCGCCAAAGUAGUUGGGAAAGGGCAUGUUCACCACUGUGUUACAUCACCUUUUAUUUUAACAACACUCAAUAAACGUUUGGGAACUGAGGAAACUAAUUGUUGAAGCUUUGAAAGUGGAAUUCUUUCCCAUUCUUGUUUUAUGUAGAGCUUCAGUCCUUCAACAGUCCGGGGUCUCCGCUGUCGUAUUUUACGCUUCAUAAAGCGCCACACAUUUUCCAUGGGAGACAGGUCUGGACUGCAGGCGGGCCAGGAAAGUACCCGCACUCUUUUACUACGAAGCCACGCUGUUGUAACACGUGGCUUGGCAUUGUCUUGCUGAAAUAAGCAGGGGCGUCCAUGACAACGUUGCUUGGAUGACAACAUAUGUUGUUCCAAAACCUGUAUGUACCUUUCAGCAUUAAUGGUGCCUUCACAGAUGUGUAAGUUACCCAUGCCUUGGGCACUAAUGCACCCCCAUACCAUCACACAUGCUGGCUUUUCAACUUUGCGCCUAUAACAAUCCGGAUGUUCUUUUUCCUCUUUGUUCCGGAGGACACCACGUCCACAUUUUUCAAAUAUAAUUUGAAAUGUGGACUCGUCAGACCACAGAACACUUUUCCACUUUGCAUCAGUCCAUCUUAGAUGAGCUCGGGCCCAGCGAAGCCGACGGCGUUCAUGGGUGUUGUUGAUAAAUGGCUUUCGCUUUGCAUAGUAGAGUUUAAACUUGCACUUACAGAUGUAGCGACUAACUGUAGUUACUGACAGUGGUUUUAUGAAGUGUUCCGGAGCCCAUUUAGUGAUAUCCUUUUCAACCCAUAUUUAGUUGAAUAUGCUACAAAGACAACAAAUUUGAUGUUCAAACUCAUAAACAUUAUUUUGCAAAUAAUAAUUGACUUACGUGCCAAAGUAGUUGGGAAAGGGCAUGUUCACCACUGUGUUACUUCACCUUUUAUUUUAACAACACUCAAUAAACGUUUGGGAACUGAGGAAACUAA